CUAUGAAGCAUGGCUCAUGCCCGAUGGAUACUAUUCCCACGUUGGAGUCUCUGCAACAGAUGUUCAGCGACAACAUGCAGAGCUGUGACGCUACAUGCCAUGACGAUGCUGACUGUGAAGACAACAAGAAAUGUUGUGGUGGUUGUGGCAAUAAGUGUGUCACACCCUACAUGCCCGAGAAUUGCCAGAAGAAGAAGGAAGUGCUGAUGGCUCACUGGAACCUGUACCAGAACUUGUCCAACUUCCUCCAGGACGGGAACAUGACCAGUAUGGCCAACCAGUCGUACCCAGCAAUGAUGCACAGCGCCAUGACGUGGGUCAGGAACACAACACACAUGUGGAGGCCUUCAUGCAAUGCCAGUGGUGACUACGAGCGUGUGCAGUGCGAGUAUAAUCUGAGGACUGGGCAGAAGGAUCACUGUUUCUGUUCUAACAGAGAAGGUCAACGCAUCAACGGCACCGACACCAGACCGCCGUCAAUGCCAAUGUGCACGACUAAGCCUGGAUACUGCCCUACCGGAGUCCCUAUGACAACUGAGUGUGGAGUGAAGUGCACUGGAGACUACGACUGUGACGGCCAUGACAAGUGUUGUGUUUCUGGCUGUAGUGCCCGCUGCCUCAGGCCCGUCAACGACACAACAUCGCCACACCAGGUUGCCAAUGUGUCUGCCCUGCUCAGAAGUGUCUGUGUCAGGUUCAUGGACCUCAAUUUCUGCCAGAGUGGCAGCCAGUGUGUGGGCAACUGGGAACAGGGAGAUCUCUGUGCCUGCCCAGAAGGAUACAAAGGUCCUUUCUGUGAUAGGAUGAUACCCACAGGAGAGUCUGCACCAAGUGUUUGUCAGAAGAGACACAGUCUGUUCGGCAUGAUCAUGGACCCAGAGUAUGCUCACCUCAAGAGGAUGUUUAUGACAUAUGCCAACAUGUCCUCUCUUGCCAUCAUGAAGGCUAACUGUUCCGGCAAGGAAUUUAGCCCUGUCCAGUGUGAUCACGACAUUUCUAAUGGCAGCCGGAAGUGGUGCUACUGCGUGAACCAAUCAGGUCGCCCAAUUCCUGGUUCUGGAGUCCCCAGUCCUCGUUGGCCACGUUGCGGAGACAUGCACUGUGAUGCCGGCCACCGACUGUAUAACUCUACCAGCCCCGGACAUGCCAGGAAGUGCGACCCCCGGUCAAAGCCAUGCCCACCUGGGUAUGGGUGUAAACAGGUUGCCUAUGGCCAGCAUGUGUGCUGCAUUGACCAGUAUGGUCACAGUGACAUCUGCCGGCUGACCCCCAACCCUGGACAGUGGUGUGACAACAAGGAAAAUAGAUGGUCCAAUUAUUACUACUUCAACUCCACGCUGAGGAAGUGCAUACUAUUCCUGUACAGAGGUUGUCAUGGAAACCAGAACAUGUUCGAGACAGAAGCUGCAUGCAACCAGAGAUGUGCUAGGAAAGAGAAGCCAGGCAUGUGUCCCAGGAUGAUGGAAGUGAAUGUGAACCAGCGUUACUGUAAGGACUACUGCAUGGACGAUAGAAACUGUACCGAGGACAGGAAGUGCUGUCAGACUCACUGUGGACGAAGAUGCUCAGUGCCUAUAGUUGAUGACAACAAGAAGAAAUGCAGAGUGGGAGUGGAGUACCAUCAACCCAAUGGCACCGUGGUGUACUGUGGACGAGGACAGCCACGCUGCCCGGAUGGUUAUGAGUGUAAUGUGGAUCCUUUGGACGGACCAUCAUUCUGCUGUCCCAAAGAGACUGAGCCCCUCAAUAUCUGCCAUGAACCGAAAGAAAAAGGCCCUUGUGAAGCCUACAUGCCCAGAUACUUCUUCAACAGGACAUCAGAGCAGUGUGAACGAUUCAUAUAUGGUGGCUGCAGAGGCAACAACAACAACUUCAACAGCCUUCAGGAAUGCUGCAGUCAGUGUGGGGCUAACACAUCCCGCUGUAAACAGGGCAAGUGCCCUAAGCCUCAGGUCAACUACUUUGCCCCAUGCCAGGAUGAGUGCAGCUCUGAUGCUGAAUGUAUGGGCAACACUCUCUGCUGCUCCAAUGGCUGUGGCCGUGCCUGUCUUGUUCCGGAAAUGAAUCAAACAUGCCACACGAAGAUGUCAGAGGCUUACAUGAAACUAAAGGCUCACAAGGGAGCCUGCCCGAUGAUCUCCAUCCCCAGAUGUAGCAUUGAUGGCACAUGGAGACCCCAACAGUGUCUGGAUAGCUAUGGAGUCUGUUGGUGUGUGGACCCUCGUGGCCACAAAAUACCUGGCACAUUCGUCAGGGGAUAUGCCAACUGUACUUCCAUGGGAAGACAGAAUAUCUCACAGCCGAAUACCUCACAGCCGAAUAUCUCACGUCCGGAAGGGGAAAUGGAUCUUCCAGCAAGUAUGUAUCACUGUUUUUUACUCUCUUUAUAUGCUUGUUUUUGUGCCAUUUCCACAGAGCCUGAUAGUAUUCCUGCCCACUGUCAGCUUGCCCCAGAAACAGGCAUGUGCCGAGCUUACAUGCCCAAGUGGUUCUUCAACCACACCACUAAUCGCUGCGAGAAGUUUGUGUACGGUGGUUGUGGUGACAAUCUCAACAAGUUCGACACAGUUGAAGAAUGCUAUAAAGAAUGUAACGAAGAUGCUAAUCCAUGCAAGAUGAAGAAGUGUAAUGAGCAAGAGCAGUGUAGUCUUGCCAUUGAUCACAGCUGUCAGACAGGCAAAUGUGCUCACUGGCCCGAGUGCAGCUAUAAUGUCAGCAGCCCCCACAUCACUGGUGUCCAUGUCCCAACAUGCACAGCCCAGAAGUUCACCACCAUGCAGUGUCGACAUGGCUACUGUUGGUGUGUCAGUCCUGAGGGGAAUGCAAUAAAUGGCAGCCUUGCAAAGACAUAUGGUGUAAUGUGUCAAGAUGACGGAAACUACAACAUCUUCGAAGGCAAAGCAGUGACCUGCAGUAAUGGGACCCAACCCAACCUGAGAUGCCUGGACACCUGCAUGGGGAAGGUGUGUCCUGGCAAACCCAAAUCCACUUGUGUGGUCGACCUGUGCUCGAAUACCUGCAGCUACAAGUUCAUGAUGGGACCAGAAGAGGUUGAAUGUGGCGAGGAUGACUGUGCUGUCAUGUAUGCCGAGCCCAAACCCUCGUGCCAAGUGGAGCCUGACUGCCCCCGAAGGAUAUGCCCCAACGUGUGUGAGACCCAGACCUGCGGGAGUGACCCAUGUGCCAUGUGUAAAGUGGACCCAUGCACGUGUCAAGCUGUCUUCACAGACAUGAUGACCAAUAAGACCAUCGCUGACUGUGCUUCAGUGAGCCACUCCCACUGUCAGAUGACCUGGUGUACAAAGAAGAUGGAGAAGCACAGAGAGAUGCUGAUGACUGGUACGACCACAAUCAGCCUCCCCACAUGUGGGACUGAUGGCCGCUAUGAGCCCAAACAAUGUGAAGAUGCCCAAUGCUGGUGUGUGGAUGGUGUUGGUCAGUGGCUCAAGAGAUCAGACUUGUAUGAUGUUUGCGGUCGGAAUGAGACAGUGAAGAUUGUGAUUGAAAUGAAGUUUAACAAUGACUUCAGUCUUGUUGCAAACAAGAUUGAAGCAUUCAAGAGCGCUCUCGUCAUGUCCAUCAUAGAGGCCUCAAGCAUAGGUGAUGCUGCAAGUUACAUCAAGGAAAUUCAGGUGUAUGAGGGAAGCAUCAUUGGAAAGUUCACCCUGGAGGACAAUGAAGACAUGGCUACCCCGUCCACUGAACUCCCUGUCAUAGCAGACAGGAUUGAGAAAGCGGUAAAGAGUGGGACUAUGCAAGUGAAAUUUGAAGAUAUGGUACUGGUGGCUGACUCAGGGUUAUAUAGCAGAACCGACCGAUUUGAAGGGGAUCCUCCAAUAGAUGUUACCACAACAACAAUAAUGCCCACAUAUGAACCGGAGCCUGAAGCAGAACCCUUGGAAGAGAAGUACAUCAUCAUCAUCUCCGUGGUGGCUGGCGUCGUGGGACUAAUUGUCCUGUCGGUGCUUGUCUAUUGCUGCUGUUGUCAGCGUUUCAAGAACAAGUCGGAGACAGAUUCCUCGCGGCUCAAGUGACUACAGCAUAGAGAAGAAACAAGACUUCCAGUCUCCAGCAGUCACCAACGCCACUUAUGGAAUGGUGUACCCAGGGACAGACCUGUCCUACAAGCAGGAUGACGAUUUCAUCAAAGUCCGACUUUGAGUUAGCUACCUUUCAAGAUGAGAUCAUCCAAUUAAACUUGCGGGUGAACAGUUUGGUCCAAUAUGUCCCAGUUGUUAGGCUACUAAACUUCAGACUAUGUUUUUAUAGAUAAUUGAAGAGAAAUUUUGAAAUGUCAGAUCUCAUCUGAAAGGUUGAAGAUGUUUGCUGUAUAGUUUACAUGUCUUUUUUAUACCUGUGGCUGCAUAAUAUUGUAAAUAGUUGAUCAGCAUGUGCCUUUUCAAGAAAAGUCUCAUAUCUAGAGUUUGUUUUUCAAUCUUGGAUGAUAUAUUUUUUAACUGUUCCUACUUUGAAUUGUUUUCUCCUAUACUCUGUACUCCCUGAAGUACAUCACGAUGAUAUUUUUGUUACGACACCCAGGAUGUUGUCGAAUCCACUCACAUUUUGAAUCUGACAUGUAAUCAUUCCCAUGUAUUUAUGGAGGAUCUGAACUUUGUGAUAUUUUAAAAAUUACAUUUUAUGUAAUUUGUGAGCUGUCGCAUUCUUAAGUUUAAAUCCAUCCACAAAAAUUUUUAAUGGUGUAAUAUAUCAUUAAGUAUUGUUUAUUCUUUACACUUUGACGAGCAUGACAAACAUUUAUUUUUUCGUAAUGAUGUUUGUUUUGCAAUCUCGUAGUUUUUUACCCAAUUAAAUCUGUAAAUUUUGACAAAUAUCUGCAGUAGUAGUUUCGUUUUGUACUACAGCUUUUAAAAUGUGAUCUUGAUAAUGUUGUUAUACUUUUGACAAAAUGUUUCACAUGCUUUGGUAGAUUAUUUUGAAAUGUAAUGCUAUGUUUAUGUUCCAUUAUAAUCAGUGUGUAGAACACAAUAUAUAUUUUUACUACCUUAACACACAGUAUCAUUCUUUACGUGAGUUUAUAUGCUUGUUUUUCCUGUCUUGCUAUCAUUGCACUCAUAGAUAUAAUUACAAAAUCAGUAUACCAAUUUCAUUUUCACAUGUGACAAUGUGCUGAUCUAUUUUAAAAGAUAUGUAAACCUCUAUGUACACAUUUAUCAAUUGCAGUUAAAUCGCAGAGAAAUACUCAUGUCUGUGUGCAGACCACUUUGGAAGCACUUUCAUGCCUCACAACAAUUAAGAUAAAUGCCUUUUGUAAUAAGUGUUGCGGAAUCAAUUCUAUGCUUUUAUAAAUCUGAAUAAAGAUCUGAUAAUUA